UCCUUCUCCUGUCCUCCCAUCGGUCUGUGUGGACAAGCCAAAAAGAAGCGGCUCCGCGCUUUGCGCAUCUCCUUCCCCGUUCUGCGAGGAGGAUUGCAGCUAGAUUUAUUUCAGGUGGACUUGUUUUUUUUUUUUUUUUUGGAAAUCUUUGGUAUUUUGUGGACAAAACGGGAUAACAUUCGGUGGAAAACAGGGGGAGGCUGAGUCCCCUCCUUGGUGACCCCCAAGGGAGGUAUUGGAGGAGCAGAGAAGUCAAGAAAGGAUGGAGAGUUCACUUUCAAGACAUCUAAGUUAUUGAUAGCGUUCUACAGCUGGACUGAACUGUGUAUGAAUGAUCUGAUUGGUUGUUUGGAUAUCGGAAAUUAUCAGGAGGAGAACUUGGAAGGUUUCAGCCGAAACCUGCGCAGCAGCUUGCAGCAAACUCCACCUGCGCACCCGAACUGAUUACCUGAGAAAUGACCGACCCAAACCGAUAACUGUCUCGGUGUUUGAGAAAGAAUGACUCAAACUUCAAACACACGGUGUGUUUGACGUACUUUUCAGGUGAUCGCCGCAGAUUAAACAGUAUAAAAAGAUAGUUUCCCCAUUCACUGGCUUCUGCUUGGAAAUAUUUUCCCACUUUAAACGGUUUCCGGGAUUCCAGACUGGAGAUUGGAAGUUAUUUUUGGUCGCGCAAAGUAGAGCGACUCCUUCCACGCCACAUCCCGGACAGGGACAGGAGGAGCGCAGAGGGAGCGCACAAGGUCGCUGACUCACGUCCUCCGUCCUGGAAGUGAGGAGCGGGACAGACGGAGGAGAGCGCAGCGGAGCGGAGGGGGGCGCGUAACUGCGGUUAACUGGAGCGGACUUCAGCGUCUCCGCAUCUUGGAGGAAGAGCCAUGAUCUGAUCCCGUCUGCAGCCACUGAGGCUGGUAACGUGUCACUGAGUCUAACUCGCAUCAUUUGGAAAAAGGGAGCAGAGGAAGAGAGAACCUUUUAAAAAAAUAUCAGUCAAUGAUGUUUUGCGACUAAAACCAGAGGACAGAGUCAGAGGUGGGAUUAUUUCUACACAUUUUUCCUAUCAGCACUGGGUCAUCUGUUCCUCUUGGAUUCAGGAUUAGUUCCAGCGAAGCGUCAGGUGCCAGUGGAGAAUAGGGAGAUGAAGACGCUAUCUCUCCUUUUCCUUCUCCUCCUCUUUGCUUCGGGAGCCUGUGACGAUGUCAAGUACAUCACCAAGAGAAAUUCAGUGGAUGGAUGCAUAGACUGGUCGGUGGAUCUGAGGGAGUACCACGUCCUGGCCGGCGAGCCCGUUCGGGUCAAAUGUGCCUUGUUCUACAGCUACAUAAGAACCAAUUACACCAUGGCCACCAAUGCCAAGCUGCGCCUCAUUUGGUACAAGAACAAAGGAGAUGCAGAGGAGCCUAUCAUCUUCUCCGGUCACAGGCUGAGUAAAGAAGACGACUCCAUCUGGUUUAGAUCCGCUGAACUGGAAGAUAACGGAUUCUACACUUGUGUUCUGAGAAACUCAACAUACUGCAUGAAAGUGUCCAUGUCCAUGACUGUGGAGGAGAGCGAUGAGGGGAAAUGCUUCAGCAGCAAAAUCCGGCACCUGGAGAAGGCCGAGGUAACCCACAGCAAAAUCAUCACCUGUCCUGAUAUAGAAGACUAUCUGGCUCCCUACAAACAGCCGCAGAUGACCUGGUAUAAGGAGUGCGAGCGAGUGGAAUGGAGAAGCUCCAUUACUGUUAACACCACACACGUUUGGAUACCUGAGGUGGAGGAGGGCGAUGGGGGGAACUACACAUGUGAAUUGCAGUAUGGAUCCAGACUGGUGCGACGGACGACGCAACUCAAAGUUACAGCCCUGCAGACCACUCAGCCUCCCAAGGUCCUUUUUCCUCCAGAGAGACAAGACACGGUGAUAGAAAUCACACCCGGUAUGCCCCUGAGUCUGGAUUGCAAGGCCUUUUUUGGCUACAGUGGAGAAAACAGGAAGCCCAUCAUCUACUGGAUGAAAGGAGAGAAGUUUGUGGAAGAGCUGGCGGGACACAUUAAAGAAAGCGAAGUCGUGAUCUUGAGGGAACAUUUAGGGGAGAAGGAAGUGCAGCUGUCCCUGACGUUCGACGCCGUGGAGGAGGCAGAUCUGGCUAAUUACACCUGUUAUGUUGAGAACCACAUUGGGAGGCGCAGCGGGAGUGCAAUACUGCAGAAGAAAGAUAUGUAUCGCCUGGAACUAGCGGGUGGUCUCGGGGUCAUCCUGCUGCUGCUGGGCAUCCUGACCGCUCUGUAUAAGUGCUACAACCUGGAGAUCAUGCUCUGCUACAGGAGACACUUUGGGAGCGACGAGACCGAAGACGAUAAUAAGGAGUAUGACGCCUAUCUGUCCUACACUAAAGUGGACCUGGACUCCGUGGGCAGGACGAGCAGCGACGAGGAGACCUUUGCUCUGGAGAUCCUGCCGGACGUUCUCGAAAAGCAUUACGGAUACAAACUAUUUAUACCCGACAGAGAUUUAAUACCCAGCAGUACCUACAUUGAGGACUUGGCACGCAGCGUGGAGCAGAGCAGACGUUUGAUCAUCGUUUUGACUCCGGAGUUCGUUGCCAAAAGAGGAUGGAGCAUUUUCCAGAUAGAGACCCGUCUCCACUCCAUGCUGGUCACAGGAGAGAUCAAGGUGAUCAUGAUAGAGUGUGCAAACCUGAAGAAUGUCAUCAACUACCAGGAGGUGGAAGCACUGAAGCAUACAAUCAAGGUCUUAUCUGUUAUCAAGUGGAGGGGUCCGAAGAGCAAUGAGCUGUCCUCGAAGUUUUGGAAGCAGGUGAUCUAUGAGAUGCCAGCUAAACGCAGAGAGACUCUGUCCAGGCGUCAGGUAAUGGACUCCGGUGAACAGGGCCUCUUUGGUGACCUACAGACCACUGUCUCCACUAUUGCCAUGACAACCACCUCUGCCUCACUAGCGCCCCCUAAUGAGAAUCGCCAUGGCCAUCAUCAGGUUGCCUUAGCAACGGAGAUCCCUGACUACAACCAGAUGACCUUGCCGCUGGGAGGGGGUCACACUGCUACAGCAGCCCAAAUGCGGCACUUCUGCCGCAGCUAUGAGUUCCAGCUUCCCCCACAGCCCUCUUCCAUGUCGCCUCCCCUCCCGCCUCCCUCCACGGUGCAGUUCUCUACCCUGGGCCCUGGGGGGCGCCAUGUGUAUUGCAACAUCCCUAUGACGCUGCUGAACGGACAGGUGUCUCAGAGCAGUACGCUUGGGAAGAAGCCAGACCUCCACCUGAACAGCACCUUCGUACCGCUCACCAGCAGAGAACUAAGCUCUGACAUCUGGUAGACUGGUGGUUCAGUCGGUGCCCACUUACGGACCAAUUUGCAGACAGAUUCUGGUGGAUUGCUUGUAUACAGCUGGAUUUCGUUGGGGGUUUUUUGACUUUGUACAGACUCGGGAGCAAGACUGAGGACUGCUAUUGAGUCAUCUCUCAUACCACGCCAUGAACAAAGAACCUUACACGCAGUGGUUGAGGCAUGUCUUGAAUCUUCUUAAUUGUACUGGACAAAGACAAAUUCUAAGAACAAUCCCCCUCCAUGCCAGCAUGGAGGGAACAUGGCUGCAGACUGACACCAACUGGAAUCGCAAAAGACAACCACUGGAAGGGAGUGCUGGCUGCUGCUGACGGACCAACGUGCCCCGCCGGGCGUAGAAAGGCUGAGUUUUUAGACGGAAGCAUGGAUAAAAGUAGUAGAAAAGGGUUCUGAGGUCCUGAACAAUAAGUAUGUAACAAAUUUGGGCCUCCACUGUUUUGUCUGGGCAGCUGCCAAGUUGUAUCUCAGAGCACAAAAAAAAGCUUCUCAAUCGAUGGUGGUCCUCACACCAGCCGUUGUGGACACCAGUUGAUUCGGAGGCUACUCAAGGUACAGAGGAGUCCGUCCACUGAAAUCUGUCAUUCUUUCCCUGAAUGUAGGACAGUCCUAGGGAAAUCAGUCUACCUGUUGACUACUCUAGGUGUUUUGGGAAAAUAAUCCACCUUAAAACAACAAGUCAACCUCUUGAACCUCUGUUCUCUAACUCGCUACCUGGUUUGGCUCCCAGGAACCGAGCUGGUUGACUUCGAAAUGUCUUUUAUACAGUGUAAAACCGUUAACCAAGACAGCAGACGUUUUUUCUAGGAAACAUUCAAAUGGAAAUAGCUAACUGAAAGGCGGGUUACCACUUGAACUAAGACCGGUGACCGUCCACCAUCACCUCGUGCAGCGGCGAACUCCAAGCGCGGUCAGCUCCGAGAAGCGACCGAUCAUCUUCUACCGCCAGACUGAAUCGUGUUAUGGACUUGGCUUUUUUUCUAUUUGCAUGACCACCCAUUUAGAUACAAAAAGAGAAUCUAAUAAACAUAGGUAAAAGUAAAAAAAAAUAAUAAAAAAAACACAAUCAUUUGUUGCAGCCUUUUUUUUUAUGGAGUCUAAAGAACCUGUUGUGUUGCUACAGUAUGUUUCGUUUGCCAUGGCGUGAUGGUAAAAACUGACAAAAAGGGACAAAAGGAGGCGCCCCUCCGAUCUUCAUUUUUUUUUAUAUAUAUAUAUUUAUUUCAUCAUGUUUAAUUUAAUAGUUUUAUGGUCUUAGAGGAUCAACAGUUUUUUUGUUUGUUUUUUUUCACAAAGCUCCGUUCUUACUGUUUGUUUGUUCCAACAAUCUAUGUAUAGCUUUCCUUACCUACUGUAUAGACCUUAACAUGACAGUGAUUUGUUCUCUUCCAUUAGCAGCUGCAUUAAGUCCAUAUGUUCCAGAGGCGUUUUUGUUUUUGAGCUCUUCCUCUGUUAAUGGAAUGAUCAUUGGCUCGACCCUACUAAUGGACUGACGUCUUCAACUCCAGCGCCACCGCUCCGCCGAAGCGGGGCCCCAUCGCUGAAGCCGCUCUUAACUCCAAGCUGAAUCAGACAUUCUUCUUUUUGAGCUUUAAAGGAACUAGAUUAGACCGCAAUAUUUAGGCAAUGUGGAUAAUGUUUUGAAUUCACACAAAGGUACCGUCAUUGUCUUCUUAGAACCAAUGAAAUCCUGGACAUUUGAGGUUGUUUGAUACAAUAAUUACUUAUAUGAGUUGUUUUAUUCGAUGGCAAUAUACAGUAUAAUAGUUGUUUUUAUUAUUUCUGCUAAUUUCUUGGACUAUUCUUUGAAUAUAUUUGUUGACAUUAUUUAACUGAGAGCAAAUAAAAUGCAUUAGUUGUUUUAUAUA